AUGAAAGGUGCGGCGUCUCAAGUUGAUCCAAAAGAUUUAUCUCCUGCUUGGAAAGUUUUGCAAAUGGUGAUAAGAGUUUUUUAAAGUUCUUUUCUAUCUUGUCAUGAACUGCAGAAGAUGAAAGAAGAAAAAGAAGACAGAGCGAGAGAAGAAAAAGAGAAAGAAGAGAAAAUGGAGGAAGAUGGAUUCCAGAAAGUCGUCAGCAAGGUUUUCUACUUUUGGUAGCGUUCAUGUGUAUACAUUUUGUUAAGGGUGCUAUCAAAAAAGCCAACAGGAAAAGAAGAGCAGCAGAAGCUUUGAAGGAAGCCGAGGAAGGUUCAAAAAAACCAGCGUACGAUAUUCCUGUAGUUUUGAAAGAUGAAACGAGGUUUGUGAUUCAGCAGGAAAACAUUUUUCAUUCUGUGUUGGAAUUUUUCAGAGGUGAGCCAACUGCAGUGAUCGCGCUCGACUGCGAAUACGUAGGCGGUGGUUCUGAUGGAAGCACUGAUUUAUUGGCGAGGAUCUCUAUUGUCAAUGAUGUGAGUUUUUUGAAAAUAUUCUACAAAAAUAGUAAUUUUUAGAAGGGAGAAAUCGUUUACGAUAAAUUUGUGAAGCCGACAGAAAAGGUGACGGACUUCCGGACAGUGGUCAGCGGCGUCCGUCCAGUGCAUCUGAAGAGCGGUUAGAAAGUCGCCUACUUUACCUUUGGGCAAAAAUGGAUUCACAGCGAUUCCGUUCGACACAGCCCAAAGAGAAGCCUCGAAAAUAAUCAAGGACCGAAUUGUUGUGGGACACGCAUUGCACAACGACUUUCGAGUAUCGUUCGAAAGUAAUUCGGUUUUUGAAAUUUCUGUUUUUACAGGUUUUGAAACUUGUACACGGACGGAAAAAUACUAGAGAUACUGCGAAAUGCUCCGUUUUGCGGCAACUUUCCACCUCAACUAAGGUUGUUUCUCAAUCUUGAGCCACAUUUGUAUCAUUUCGAGACGAUUUACAGAUGCCGUCGCUAAAAAGAUUGGCGAAAGACGUGUUAGGAAUCGAAAUUCAACAAGGAGAACACGAUUCGGUAUUCCACUGAUCUCUCAAAAGUACACUUAUUUGAUAGGUGAUUGAUGCGAGAGUGGCCCUGAGGUUAUACGAAUUCGUCAAAAAGAAGUGGGAAGCGGAGAUUAAGAGGUACCGGAAAUGA